CCCACUUCUACGACUUCGUUCAUUGCAUCUGCUCUGUGUUCUCUCCUCACAACUACCUAUUUUUGGUGAUUUAAUUAUGUCUUUGGAGGUGGAAUCAGCAGACGUGAUUCGUCUGAUAAUGCAGUACUUGAAAGAGAACAAUCUGCACCGAACACUGACCACCCUUCAGGAAGAGACCACCGUGUCUUUGAACACUGUGGACAGUAUCGAGAGUUUCGUGGCAGACAUCAACAGUGGCCAUUGGGACACUGUGCUGCAAGCUAUCCAGUCACUCAAGCUCCCUGACAAGACUUUGAUAGACUUGUAUGAACAGGUGGUGUUGGAGCUCAUUGAGUUGAGAGAGUUGGGCGCAGCCAGGUCUUUGCUAAGGCAAACAGACCCCAUGAUCAUGCUGAAGCAGACCCAACCAGAGAGGUACAUUCACCUGGAGAACCUGCUGGCUCGCUCCUACUUUGACCCCAGAGAGGCCUACCCAGACGGAAGCAGUAAGGAAAAGAGGCGCGUGGCCAUCGCCCAGGCCCUGGCCGGGGAGGUCAGCGUGGUGCCCCCCUCCCGUCUCAUGGCCCUGCUGGGACAGUCCCUAAAAUGGCAGCAGCACCAGGGUCUCCUGCCCCCAGGUAUGACCAUUGACCUGUUCAGGGGCAAGGCAGCCGUGAAGGACGUGGAGGAGGAGCGCUUCCCCACACAGCUCACCAGACACAUAAAGUUUGGGCAGAAGUCCCACGUGGAGUGUUCCCGCUUUUCUCCUGAUGGUCAGUACUUGGUCACGGGAUCAGUUGAUGGUUUCAUCGAGGUCUGGAACUUCACCACGGGCAAAAUCAGAAAGGAUCUGAAGUACCAGGCGCAGGAUAACUUCAUGAUGAUGGACGAUGCAGUGCUAUGUAUGUGCUUCAGCAGGGACACAGAGAUGCUGGCCACAGGGGCCCAGGACGGCAAAAUAAAGGUAUGGAAGAUCCAGAGUGGCCAGUGCUUGCGACGCUUUGAGCGCGCCCACAGUAAAGGUGUCACCUGCCUCAGUUUCUGCAAGGACAGCAGCCAGCUGCUCAGUGCCUCCUUCGACCAGACAAUUAGGGUUCACGGGCUGAAGUCGGGCAAGUCGCUGAAAGAGUUCCGAGGACACUCUUCGUUUGUUAAUGAAGCAACAUUCACACCUGACGGACACCAUAUCAUCAGCGCUUCCUCGGACGGCACUGUAAAGGUGUGGAACAUGAAAACCACAGAAUGCACCAACACCUUCAAGUCCCUGGGCACCUCGGCCGGCACCGACAUCACAGUCAACAACGUCAUCCUGCUGCCCAAGAACCCAGAGCACUUUGUGGUGUGCAACCGCUCCAACACCGUAGUCAUCAUGAACAUGCAGGGCCAGAUUGUGAGGAGUUUUAGCUCUGGUAAGAGGGAGGGAGGAGACUUUGUCUGCUGCACGCUGUCUCCCCGUGGCGAGUGGAUCUACUGUGUAGGAGAGGACUUUGUUCUCUACUGCUUCAGCACGGUCACCGGCAAGCUGGAGAGAACCCUGACAGUCCAUGAGAAGGAUGUGAUUGGCAUCGCCCACCACCCCCACCAGAACCUCAUCUCCACGUACAGCGAGGAUGGCCUACUCAAGCUCUGGAAACCCUGAGCAUAGCCCUGCUUAACCCCACAAGCCCCCUUCCAUUGGCAUGCCAGCUGGCAGCAUGGGCAGAGCAGCAUGCCAGCUGCUCUGCCCAUGGGACUGUGCAGUGUUUUCCCUACCAUUGCUUUAGGCGGGCCGGGUAAUGUCUCCCAUCUAGCUCUGUUGUUCAGGCCAAAAUGCUUUGGCCCCAAUUGACAUCAAUUGGCAGUCCGUGUUGCUGUUGCGGGGCUCCUGCGCCACAAGGUCUAGCUAGGGAAAACACUGGGGUAUUGGGAGUGCAGGGAUGGGCAUUAGAAAUACCUUUUUUAUAUAUAUUUUAAAAAAUGAUUAAUGUAAAUAUAUUUUUUAAUCGCGUUUUUUCCCCCCAGGAAUGUCUGGUUCAAUAUUUUGCCUCGUGUGUCAGUCUGGUCAGCCAUUGCUUUGUUUUACUGCACAGCAAGAAAUAAAAAGGGCUGUUAUUUGU